AUGGUACACACCACUCAAUUCUUUGUUCUUUUCUUCGCUCUCUUGUUACUCUGUCAUGUAAUUCAAGGAGGGCUUCAAAUUUCCAAGGUGCAACCAGCUUCCUCUCCACUCACUGUUCAUGAACCAUUCCCACUCUUCACAAACCUAUCUCAUUCCUCCAAUCCUCAAACUGUUAAAAGCUCUCCAACUAGAUCUUCCAAGCACCUUUUCAACACCAAAGACUCUAUCUGUUGUUAUGAAUCUGAUGGCAGUUAUCAAUACUGCACAGGAACGUCCGUUUGUUGUCGAAAAGCUGCAUAUGGCUGUACAGGUAGUUACAUUUGUGCUCCCUAUGGAAGCACAUGUUGUGGCACUGGCUAUUGUGCAUCUAAUACACAAUGUGAAACAUGUGGAAGCGCAACAGGUUGUCUGCCUUAUGGAGCUACUUGUUGUGGCUCUGGUUACUGCAACAGCGGUUAUUAUUGUACUGCCAAUUACCAAUGUCAAGCUAACUCUGGAGGUGGUGGAAAUAGCAACAAUAAUGGAGGUUCUUCUAACAACGGUGGUUUGGGUACUGGUGCAAUUAUUGGAAUUGCAGUAGGAAGUAGUGUUGGAGGAAUAAUCAUUCUUGUUGGUUUGAUUGGAGGAUGUAUUGCUAUCAUGCGAGGUGACAAGCACUGUUUGAAAGAAAUGAUGGAUAUGGUACAGAAUGGUGCACAAACAAUCCAAAAUAGCACCCAAAACUAA